GCACUGUUGGUGUGCUGAAAUAUUCCCCUUGUAACCGAAAAAUUGAUCGAAUUUGUGAUUGAUAUCCCUUGGCAAGUCCAAGAUGAGCAUCAUGUUGAAAAUACCGGGUAUUCUGGCAAAGAAUUUAUCCUCUAAAACGGUUAAUAAGCUUGGCCUGCCUUUGCUUUCGACCCGCAAAUUCCAUUAUACACCUGAUGGUAAAGCGGCCAAAGUAUCUGAUGCCAUUUCCAAGCAGUAUCCAAUAGUGGACCAUACUUACGAUGCUGUUGUGGUGGGUGCUGGUGGUGCUGGUCUCCGUGCUGCCUUUGGUCUGGUUGCUGAAGGUUUUAAGACCGCUGUCAUUACAAAACUAUUCCCCACAAGGUCACAUACUGUCGCUGCUCAGGGUGGCAUCAAUGCUGCACUGGGUAACAUGGAAUCUGACAACUGGCAAUGGCAUAUGUAUGACACAGUUAAAGGCUCAGAUUGGUUGGGUGACCAGGAUGCUAUUCAUUACAUGACCCGAGAAGCUCCUAAAGCUGUGAUCGAGCUAGAAAAUUACGGCAUGCCAUUCAGUCGUACUACUGAUGGUAAAAUCUAUCAGCGUGCAUUCGGAGGUCAAUCGCUGAAAUUUGGGAAAGGGGGUCAAGCACAUCGAUGCUGCUGCGUAGCUGAUCGUACAGGACAUUCAUUGCUCCACACUCUCUACGGUCAAUCCCUCAGUUAUGAUUGUAACUACUUCAUCGAAUACUUUGCUUUGGAUCUGCUAAUGGAAGAUGGUGAAUGUCGAGGAGUUAUUGCCCUCUGUCUAGAGGAUGGGACACUCCACAGAUUUCACUCCAAAAAUACAGUCUUAGCCACAGGAGGCUAUGGUAGAGCAUAUUUCUCUUGUACAUCUGCGCAUACAUGUACAGGUGAUGGAACAGCUAUGAUUUCUAGAGCAAAUCUGCCUAACCAGGAUCUCGAGUUCGUCCAAUUCCAUCCAACAGGAAUUUAUGGUGCUGGAUGUUUGAUCACUGAGGGUUGCCGUGGGGAGGGUGGUUACUUGAUUAAUAGUGAGGGUGAAAGAUUCAUGGAACGUUAUGCUCCAGUUGCAAAAGAUCUUGCUUCACGAGAUGUAGUAUCUAGGUCUAUGACCAUUGAGAUCAGAGAGGGCAGGGGAUGUGGACCAGAAAAAGAUCAUGUUUACCUGCAGCUUCAUCACUUGCCUCCAGAACAGUUGGCUACUCGUCUACCUGGAAUUUCUGAGACUGCUAUGAUAUUUGCAGGAGUUGAUGUGAACAGCGAGCCUAUCCCUGUAUUGCCGACGGUGCAUUAUAACAUGGGUGGCAUUCCAACAAAUUAUAAGGGUCAGGUUUUGACAACGGUAAAUAAUGAAGAUCACGUUGUAAGAGGUCUCUACGCUUGUGGUGAAGCAGCUUCCAGCUCAGUUCAUGGAGCAAAUCGACUUGGUGCUAAUUCUUUGCUGGACUUGGUCGUCUUUGGACGUGCGUGUGCUAAGACUAUUGCAGAGGAGAACAAACCUGGUGAAAAAAUAGGAAGUCUCAGUCCCAAUGCUGGGGAAGGAUCUGUAGCUAAUUUAGACUGGGUGAGAAAUGCGAAUGGUUCAACUAAGACUGCAGAAUUGAGAUUGAGCAUGCAGAAGACUAUGCAGACACACGCGGCUGUGUUCAGGACAGCAGACACUUUGCAGGAAGGAUGUAACAAGAUGGCUAGCCUCUACAAACAGAUGAGUGAUCUCAAAGUUUUGGAUAAGUCGCUGAUCUGGAACUCAGAUUUGGUAGAAACACUAGAGCUCCAAAACCUGAUGGUUAAUGCGAUGCAAACCAUUGUUGCUGCUGAAAAUCGAAAGGAAAGCCGAGGAGCACACGCUCGUGAAGACUUCAAAGAUAGGAUUGAUGAAUAUGAUUACAGCAAGCCCUUGGAUGGACAAAAGGCAAAGCCCAUCGAACAGCAUUGGAGAAAGCACACACUCACCAAUGUUGACAUUAGCUCAGGAGCGGUAAAAAUUGAUUAUAGACCAGUAAUAGACGAAACUUUAGAUGCUCAGGAAUGUGCAACUGUACCACCUGCAAUUCGUUCCUACUAAAUUACCUGUAGAAAUUAUUUUAAUUUUCCGUCUCGAGACUCAUUUCUACUAGAUGAAUCUUUGUUUUGUGAGAUAUCCGAAAUCAAUGCGGAUAUCUGAACGUCAUCCCGACGUAUUCAUUGUUCACAGAGUAUUGAUGUCUCACUCUCUCAUUGUCAGUAUAAUGUAACAUUGAAUUAAUUUAUUACCGUCAACCCUAUCGUGCACCAAAGUCGAAUCUUGUCACUGCUUAUGCGCUUCACAAGCAUUAUUUGGCAUCCAUCUUGGAUGCUGGUGCUGAGAUUAUUAAUCUCAACAUUACAGCGAAAGAGACAUAAUAUUCUCUUUCCAGAAGCUAUACGUUUAUUAUAAUUAUUUGUAAUAAUAUAUAGUAAAGUAAGAUACCGGCGAUGAAGUAUUCGUAGUAACUGUAAUCGUUCAAAUUAUUGAUUAUUUUUUUUUUUUAUCUACGUAAAAACUAAAAUGAAGAUUAUCUGUCAACCCUCUUUUGGUUCCAUCCAACACCUUUCGAGAUUAAUAUUUUAUAAAUCCUACGGUCGUGAAUUCGAAUGCAUCAUGAAAAUUUACGCAGAUCAACGAAACAAUCAGAGUAAAUGAUUAUUAAUUUUAUAAUGCAAGACGUGACCUGUCACAAUACCGAGUAAAUAUUUUUGUGAGUACGUAAUACGAACAGGUAAUCUUAGUGGAAGAUGCGGCUUUUACUUAUGUUUUUUUUUCCCAACAACGACCCAGCCAAUCUACAGGUAAUUCGAAUUGGUUAACAGUUAGCAAAAUCAUCUAGUAAUUUUCUUUUCAACCUAUUUCUAGAAUUUUUUCUUGUGUCCCAAGUUUGAUUGAAUAUUGAAAUGUAUGAGAACACGUUUCAAACGGAUGAUAUAUUGGCAAUUUAUAACAGUACCAUUGUUCUACUACUGUCCUUACUAUUAAUCAUUAGUCGUGUGAAGAAAUUACGGCACAAACUCACCGAGUAACCCAAUCGUGAUAUUAUUCAUGCAGGGUUAGUGCUAUGAAGCCUGAUGAUAGAUACUGUACAUAAUAAAAGUUGUGAAUAAAGUGUUACCACUCAUUUUACA